AUGGCGUUUUUAAGGCAGACAUGCACAGUAACAAGUGUAUUAUCAAUAUUUAUUUUAAUCACAUUAUUAGCAUCUACUACAGAAGGAUCUAAAGCAGAAUUUGUGACGUGCGGUAGUAUCAUUAAACUAAUAAACACAGACUUACGAUUGCGGUUGCAUUCACACGAUGUCAAGUACGGUUCUGGCUCCGGGCAGCAGUCAGUCACGGCUGUCGACGUGUCUGAUGAUUAUAAUAGCCAUUGGCUGGUGAAGGCACCCAUGUCUAACGCUUGUAAAAGGGGAGUGCCUAUAAAAUGCAACAGCGACAUCCGCUUGCAUCAUGUGGCUACAAAGAAAAAUUUACACUCUCAUUAUUUCUCAUCACCACUGUCAAGUAACCAAGAGGUUUCAUGCUAUGGUGAUGAGGAUGGAGAAGGGGACAGUGGUGAUCACUGGUCUGUAGUCUGUAACAAUGACUAUUGGAGAAGGGACACGCCUGUCAAAUUCAGACAUCUUGAUACUGGAGCGUUCCUGGCAGGAUCCGGGCGCACAUUUGGUCGCCCCAUCAGUGGACAGGGUGAAAUUGUAGGAGUAUCAUCCCAAUACGGUGCAUAUACUGACUGGCAAGUCAAAGAAGGCCUCUUUAUUCACCCUGGAGAACAACUACCACACCAGCAUGCAAUUCAUUCAGAGUUAUAA